AUGCCUUCCUCGACCAACAACACCUCGCCUGCAAAUGCGACGCCCGCAGCGCAUGCCCAGGCCCAUCCCGACAUCCCGCCUUUCCCUUCGCCCUCGACGUUCUCGAUCCUCCCUGACAUCUGGCUCCUCCUCGCGCGGCUGAAUAUCCUCCAUCAACACCCACAGCAGCAGCAACAGCAGACGCAAGCUCAAGCUCAGACGAAUGGCCACCACCAACAACAGCAACCAGGGUCAUCACAGCAGGGACACUCUACAUCUACAUCUCAAAACCCGCCAUCAACCUCCACACCCUCGCAGGCAAGCCAGCAACAGACACAGUCACAAACACAGUCACAACCACCACCGCCACCACCACCUCCUCCGUCCGGCACAACCACAACCACAGCCGCAACCGCCCCCGCGACAUUCCACAACUUACCCCUUCUGGACCUCAAAGACCUCCCCGCACAGAUCUACCCGCUGAAACAGCGUCUCGCGAAAGCCCGCGCGGCGGUGACCAGCCUACCGGACGUGAACAGGACGGUCGACGAGCAGGAGGAUGAGAUCCGGAGGCUGGAACGCAUGGUGCAAGGGUUGAGGGGGAGGUUGGGCCGGUUCGGGGAGAUUGCCGCCGCCGCUGCCGCCGCCACGGCGGGGAUCGAGGCGGGGAGGGAUGUCGAGAUGAAGGACGAGGACGAGAAUGAGGAUGAGGAGAUGAGAGAUGAGCCUAUGGAGCAUAGGCAGGAGGAGGGCGGUGUGGUGGCACAAGAAGCAGGAGGAAUGGUAAAAAAUGAAGGUGAGGAGGGGUGA